AUGGGUUGGGCAGACCUUCCGCUCAUCAAUCUCAUCAUUGUCUUGGCCAACUUGUCACGAUUGUAUGAAUGGAUGACCGAUUGCUCGCUCUCGUUUGGCUGGACGUGGACUGUGGUUCUUCCCAUGCAACUGCGAUUUGUUGGCAUUACUCAUCCAGAUGAUGUCAAGCAUGUCCUUCGUGAUAACUUUGAUAACUACGUCAAGGGCGAGACCUUUGGUGCUCUCGUCAAUGAGCUCCUGGGUGGUGGCAUCUUCAACUCGGAUGGAAAGGCCUGGUAUCGUCAGCGGAAAAUUGCAUCGCAUCUCUUUCAUGUCCGCAACUUUAAGGAGACCAUGGUCCCGGUCUUCCUUGCUCACGCCCGCAAGGUUGCCCGCUUGCUUGACGCUACAGCUGCUACUGGUCAUCAUGCAGUCAUCGACAUGCAUGAUGUCUUCUACCGGUACACUCUCGAUUCUGCUGGCGUCAUCGCCUUUUCCAAGGACAUCGGCUCGCUCGAGAACCGUGAUGUUCCGUUUGCGCGCGCCUUUGACUACCUCCAGUGGGGCUGCCUCAUGCGCGGCUUCACCCCGCUCUGGUGGCUCUGGCGUGACCUUGGCCUUUCGCCGAUCGAGAAUCGGAUGCGGCGAGAGCUCGCUGUCCUUGAUGACUACAUCCGGACGGCGGUUCUCGAUUCUGAUGAUCCGCCUGCGGAUGGACAGCAAGGCGCGUCGAUCAUUGAGCUGUUCAAGGCUUCGUCGCUCCGGCCGGACUCGCUGAGGCACGGGCCUGACGACGAGGCCGGGCGCGAGGAGGAGCUUCUCUUUCUGCGAGAUCUUGUCGUCAACUUUAUCAUUGCCGGCCGAGACACGACCGGUGCUGCGCUCUCAUGGCUCUUCUACCUCCUCGCCAUGCAUCCUCAGGUGCGGGACGAGGUUGUGGCCGAGAUCGACGAGGUGCUCGAUGGGGCCGACAUGGCGUAUGGCGACAUACCGCGGCUGCCGCUCCUCCACGCCGCGGUCAAGGAGACGCUGCGGCUGUAUCCUUCGGUCCCGCGCGACCUCAAGGUCUCGGUCUCGGCCGACGUCCUACCGGGCUCGGGUGCGGCAGUGGCGCCGGGCGUGUGGAUCGUGUACAUGCCGUACGUCAUGGGCCGGCUGCCGGCGCUGUGGGGGCCGGACGCAGCGAGCUUUCGGCCACAGAGGUGGCUCGAACCGGAUUUCGAGCCGCCGUCGGCGUACAAGUUCAUUGCCUUUAACGCCGGGAAGCGGUCGUGCCUCGGCGAGCGCAUGGCGUACCAGGAGAUUAUGGCGUGCAGUGUCCACUUGCUCCAGCGGUUUGUGCUGGACGUUGCCCCGGGCGCCGACGUCCGACCGGCGACCCAAAUCACGCUCGCCAUGGCCAACGGACUUCCGAUGAACGUGCGCGAGCGAUAA